AUGAUGGAGUCGUUGUUCCUCAGCGAAACGCUGAAAUAUUUGUAUUUGCUGUUCAGCGACGAUCCCAAGUUGGUAGACUUGGAAGAGAAACGUCAAGAAAAUUCCAUGGUCAGACCCAAAGACAUGAUGGAAUCGUUUUUCCUCAGCGAAACGCUGAAAUAUUUGUAUUUGCUCUUAAGCGAUGAUCCCAAAUUGGUAGACUUGGAAGAGUAUGUUGUUAAUACUGAGGCUCAUCCGCUGCCCCUUGCCUAG